GACAGGUAUUGCUGUCUGUCUAGCAUUGGAUCAAUUGAAGCCCACCCGCUUAAGGAAAAUUAUACCCAAGAAUAUACAAUACACCGGUUUAGGUUAUGAACCAGCGCAAGUAGCAUAAAUUUCGAGAUCAUUCCUUCACAGCUUGUUGCUUCUCCUGGCGACUGAGUCGGGUUCUUGGGUUCUGCUGAUUGAUGCUGAUAGGAUCUAGCAGGAGGAACUGAUCAAGGGUGUUGUUACUUCACAAAAAGGAAUUCUGAGAUCUUGUCGAUUUCCAUUACUCACCGACCAUACCCCCAAAAUUUUUCACGCUCAGCUUUCCAAAAUGGGGAAGCAAACUGUGGGCAAAAGCUCAUGUGAGGGUUCAAAUUCUUCUUCAAGGGGUCCAUAUGGAUAUCCUCAGUCAUCCUAUUUUGGAGACUAUUUCAGCUUCUGCUCUGAAACACUUGCUGCUGAGUGCAAAACUUUGGGUCAGGUGAAUGUUGCUCUUAAACGUGCAGGCCUUGAGUCCCCAAAUCUCCUUCUUGGUAUUGAUUUCACCCGGAGUAAUGAGUGGACAGGCAGAAUGGCUAAUGAAGAAUAUAAGGUUAAUGGGUCGAGUUCUCAGAAUGAAGGGUGUCCAAAGUCCAGUGCAGAAAGGGCUACAAGUAGGAAGAAUAAAAAGAAAAAGCAAUCGCAGGAAAGUGUAAAAACAGAGCAUGAACAGGAGAUCCAUGAACACAGCCCUCCAGCUGGAGGGAAUUUACAAGCUGGUGAUAUGAGGGUGGAAAGUGGGAAAAAUAAAAUAAAGAUGAAAUUGUUGGAGGAAGCUUCUUUAAGCAAGGAAGGUAGUAAAAAAUGUAAUGGUGAGAGGAAAAAGAAAGUAAAGGAAACAAAAAGGCAAUUAUUACAGAAAACUGCUGAGGAUGAAGAGGAAGAUGUUAAUACAGUGGGUUUUUCACAAGAGGUGAAUCCAGCAGCUGAAGGUGGAAAAAUUGAAACUGCAAAAGGCAAGGAAGAAGAAGAGGUCAUUGGAAUAAAUCCUAUAGAAGAAGAGGAUCCAAAAUCCAAUGUUGAAAUGGUCAAUAGGAUUAAAAAGAAGAAGAAGAAGAAGAAUAAAGAGCAGUUACUAAAGGAAGCUGCUAAGGCUGACAAGCGAGGUGUUUGCUACUUAAGUCGAAUCCCUCCCCACAUGGAUCAUGUAAAGCUUCGUCAUAUUCUUUCCCAAUAUGGAGAAAUACAGAGGAUCUACCUUGCACCUGAAGAUCCCACUGCUCGAGUAAAUCGCAAAAGAGCUGGUGGAUUUCGAGGUCAAGAAUUCUCUGAAGGGUGGGUUGAAUUUACCAGUAAGAGCAUUGCAAAAAGGGUUGCGAAUAUGUUAAAUGGUGAACAAAUAGGUGGCAGAAAGAGGUCUCAAUUCUAUUAUGACCUUUGGAAUAUCAAAUACUUGAGUAAAUUCAAGUGGGAUGAUCUUACGGAAGAAAUUGCACAUAAGAGUGCUAUACGGGAGCAGAAAUUAGCUCUAGAAAUUUCUGCUGCAAAGAGGGAGCGGGAUUUCUAUCUCAAUAAGGUGGAUCAAUCUCAUGCUUUGAGUUCUAUAGAAGAACGAUUAAAAAAGAAACAAAAGGUCCAACAAGAGUCAGGAGGUCAACUCUCUGUUGGUGAGCAAGCACCGAUGGUCAUCCGUCAAUUCCCACAGACAAAACCAGUUGCAGAUAAAGUGGAAGAAAGCAAAUCUCAACUCUCAAAAGACAUUCUGGCUGAGGUAUUUGGUGGUUUAUAGUAAUAGUUUUUGAAGUUUUCAGUUUUUGUUCGACAUGAGGAGCUUAGGAAGAUGCCAAAUACUGCUUUACUUGUCUGUGGGUCUGGUUCUUCGACUUUUUGAUGCAUUAACAGAGCAUCUUACAAUUUUGUUACCAUUUUCACAAUAUUGCUGGUGAUUAUUUAUGGAACUGAGAGAUUGUGCUGUAUCACUCUACUCGAGGAUCGUCAUGGCCGUGACUUUGAUUAUAAUGACAGCCCACAUACUGUAAAGCCUUUUAAGGAAGCAUACUACGCACUUGAUUUCCAUUGCUAUUCCUUUUACGGAAGCAUAUUAUGUACCAAA